AUGGCUGCUGAGUUGAACCUGCAAUGUGCCAACGGCCAACCACGUCAUCUUCCUAUCGCCGUUGAUUGCCUCAACCCAGAGGGACUACAAUUCCGGGAUGACCCAGGCCAUUGGUCGUGCGCGUCGGUAUGGACAGACAAGAACAGUCCAUGUGUACCAUCUGCUGGUGAAAUUCACAUCCAACAAGCAGCUUCGGGAUUGAGCCCGGACGCAGCGGCUGCUUCCACCCCUGCGUCCUCUACGCACUAUGCUUCACCGCACUCGCAUGCAGACCCCCGCAGCCCCAGUGCGCUUCCAAGUGGUUUGCCCAGUGGCUUACCCAGUGUUCCACCGCUAGGGCUGCCGCCGGCUAAGCGCCAGCGACUUACCGUCCAGGAGUUGAGUUGA